GUAGGGAAUUCCUGAGAAAGUAUUAUCCGGAAGAUGUCCGUGGUAAGAAGGAAAUCGAGUUCCUUGAGCUGAAGCAAGGAAACAUGUCUGUCACUGAUUAUGCUGCAAAAUUUGUGGAGCUGUCCAAAUUUUAUCCUCAUUACACUGGUGCUGGUGCUGAAUUUUCAAAGUGCAUCAAGUUUGAAAACGGACUGCGCUCUGAAAUUAAGAAGGCUGUUGGGUAUCAGAAGAUACGCAUUUUUACUGAAUUGGUUGAUAGCUGCAGAAUAUUCGAAGAAGACAAUAAUGCUCAUUACAAGAUUGUCAAUGACCGCAGGGGCAAGCAACAUCAAAACCGUGGCAAGCCGUAUGAUGCCCCAGUGGGAAAAGGGAAACAAGGAGCUGCUCCGGCUCAGAGGACUAGUAGGGGAGGUGCUCCUGCUGGUAUAGUUUGCUUCAAAUGUGGUCAGGCUGGUCAUAAGAGUAAUGUAUGCACUGCUGAAGUAAAGAGGUGUUUUCGCUGUGGUAAGACUGGCCAUGCAAUAGCUGAUUGCAAGCACAAGGAAAUGAUUUGUUUUAAUUGUGGCGAAGAGGGGCAUAUUGGAAGUCAGUGUCAGGAGCCAAAGAAAUCUCAAACUGGAAAGGUGUUCGCUUUGACCGGAACUCAAACAUCCAGUGAGGACAGACUUAUCCGAGGUACAUGUUUCAUAAAUGGUACUCCUUUAAUUACUAUUAUUGAUACCGGUGCUACACACUGUUUUAUUUCUGCUAACUGUGCUCGAAGACUGGGUUUAAAAUUGUCCGCUUUGGAUGGUGAAUUGAUUGUUGAGACCCCAGCUAAGGGAUCAAUAACUACUUCGUUGGUAUGUUUAAAAUGUCCGUUGUCGAUCUUCGAUAAAGAUUUCUAUGUUGAUUUAGUAUGUUUGCCGUUGGAUGGGAUGGAUGUAAUUCUUGGUAUGAACUGGUUAGAGUAUAAUUAUGUUCAUAUAAAUUGUCAUCAUAAGUCGGUGAGGUUUUCCACUCCUGAAGAGGAAGGAGUUGACUUAUUACCUUUCAGAGAAUUGCGAAAAUUGAUGAAAGAGGGAGCUCAGAUGUUUUCUUUGAUGGCGACGUUGUCGGUUGAGAGUAAAGCUAAGAUUGAGGAACUGUUAGUGGUGAAAGAAUUCCCUGAAUGUUUUCCUGAUGAAAUUCCUAGUGUGCCGCCAGAGAGGGAAGUUAAAUUUACUAUUGAUCUGGUACCUGGUACUAGGCCUAUUUCGAUGGCACCGUAUAGAAUGUCGGCAUCUGAAUUACCAAGUGUGUCACCGUGGGGAGCCCCAGUGUUACUAGUAAAGAAGAAAGAUGGUAGUAUGAGGCUUUGUAUUGAUUAUAGACAAUUGAAUAAAGUAACGAUCAAGAAUAAGUAU